AUGUCCAGUUCUCCAUCCCAGUCUCACCCGCAGGCAAAAUCCAAGUCACAGUCACACAAUGGCGCGCAGCCGAGGAUUUCGGCCUUCUUCAGACCAAGCCAGGCAUCGAACAAGAAGCAUGACCUGACGCGUCUUCCCGCCACCGCUCACGCGCCCAUCGAUUUGACUGCAGACGACGACGACGCACUGGAAGCCGAGCCGGCACCGAAGAAGAGAAGGGUGGAACGGGCACAGUCUCCAAAGUCACCAGAGCUCACUCAUGUCCCACCACCUAGUCACUGGCGCUAUGAUCCUUCCAGUCCUUCGCGCGAGAAAGACGAUUCUAGAACGAGCACUGCCGAUCAGGACUCUCGCAUGAAGCGGCACGAGAAGUUCAAGCGUGUCCUCCUUGGUGACGACCGUCUGAGAUGGAAACAAUGCGAUAGUGUGGAAGCCAGCCCGGCGCAGACGGAACCUCCAGCAGACCCGGGCCAGUCCAGUGAACCAGAUAACGAGGCUCAGGAUUCUGACGAAUCUGACGAGGCUUUCAAAGAACUCACCGAGCGCUUCUCUCACAAGCAGUCCAAAGGCAGUACCCGGAAGCCCACGAAUGGUUCUGGAAGGUCAAAAGGUAAACAGAAAUCGGUGGAGCUUGGCCCCUGCGGACAGCCAUAUACACCGUCUGAGAAGCAGGUUCUGAAACUUAUCAAGGAGAACCCAGAUACAGUUCUCAUGAUUGAGAUUGGCUAUAAGUUCUACUUUCACGAGAAUAGUGCAAAGCUUAUCCACGCCGAAAUCUUCUCACUGCAUCGAUUCCAGUCCAUCGGCGAGACGCUCCUUUCUCAGGGCCAUAAAGUUGGCAUUGUGGAGCAAGUUGAGACGGCGGCGCUCAAGAAAGUCAGCGACACGAGGAACGAACUUUUUGAUCGGAAACUCACACAUUUGUACACUGCUACAACGUUUGUGGAUGAACUAGAAUCUGUCGAUGAUGCUAGCAAACAUUACGCCCCCUCCCUCCUUUGUCUCGCGGAGAAAUCCAGACAGCCAGGUGUCGAUGACACUGUCACCAUUAGCCUCAUCACCAUAUGUCCGUCCACCGGGGACGUCGUCUGGGACGAAUUUGAUGACUCUCUCAUGCGUAUCGAGCUUGAAACGCGGCUGACUCACACGAGGCCAGCUGAAUUAUUGUUCCCUGACAAGGGGAUGAGCAAACCGACAGGGAAGCUCCUGAAACACUUCACCGAGACCGCGCCAUUCCAACAGAGGGUCAGAGUAGAGCGUUUCAAGGAGCUCAUGUCUUACACUAACGCCUUCGACCUUGUUACGAACUUCUACUCCGAAGAAACGAAGCGAAACUCGACGGAUGUGAAUGCAGAUGAGCUAUUGGCUGUCAUAGCGGACUUCCCGCCACAAGUCAUUAUAGCGUUAGCGCAUGCGAUCAAACAUCUCUCGAAAUUCAGCAUAGCUGAUGCUUUCCUCGGCGCGAAGUUCUUCUACAAGUUUACGACCAGAAUGCACAUGCUCCUCAACAGCAACACAUUGACGAAUCUGGAAAUCUAUCGAAAUGAAACCGACUUGUCAGUGAAAGGGUCGCUAAUGGAGAUAUUGGAUAGGACCAACACCAAGUUCGGCGCAAGGUUGCUCAAGACUUGGGUUGGACGCCCACUGGUAGACAAAAUAGCAUUGCGGGAUCGCAUGGAUGCUGUGGAUGAGAUUGUCAAAAGCCCUUCGGACAAGCUGGUAUCAAUAAGACAAGUACUUCGCAAGAUGCCAGACCUGGCGAAAGGUCUUUGUCGUAUUCAAUACGGCACGUGCACGCCACAAGAGAUGGCAGUUCUGCUCAGGACCUUUAACAAGGUCGCCACCAUGUUUGAUCAUCUUCCUGAGGAAGAGAACAAGGAGUUUGACUCGAAGCUUCUGAACGAUAUCUUAACUGUACUUCCAAAGCUGAAGGACUCGACAAACGUUUUGCUCGCCGCUGUUAAUAUGAAGGCUGCUGGUCAAGGCAAGAAAGAUGAAAUGUGGGCCGACCAAGACAAGUUUCCGGCGCUUUACGAGAACAAACUUAUGAUACAAACCGUGGAGUCAGAGCUGGCUGAUGAGCUGAAGUCAAUUCGCAAACUCCUGAAGAAGCCCUCUUUAGAAUGGACAUCGGUAUCGGGAGAAGAAUUUUUGGUGGAAAUACGGAAGAGCGACAAAACGGAAGUACCUGCUAACUGGACAAUUGUCUCAAGGACCAAGGUCUUCACGCGAUACCACAGCCCGGAAGUGAGACGCAAAAUCCAAGAGAGAGCUCGUUAUCGAGAGACCUUAGAGGCUGAGGCACACAAAGCAUUCAAGUCGUUCCUCGAAGAGAUCAUUCAAGACCACUAUUCCAUUCUCCGCCACACGGUCAACACCCUUGCCACUAUAGAUUGUCUCGUCAGUCUAUCUCAUGUCGCUCUGCGAGACGGCUACGUGCGGCCCGAGUUCUCGGAGGACGAUACUCUGGAGAUCGUUGAGGGCCGCCAUCCCAUGGUGGAGGCCCUCCGUACAGACCCUUUCGUGCCAAACGAUGUCUACAUGGGUGGAGACGCGGCGAGGAACAAGAUCAUCACUGGUCCCAACAUGGGUGGCAAAAGUUCAUCCGUGAGGAUGGUUGCUCUCAUCGCAAUUAUGGCCCAGAUUGGGUCGUACGUGCCAGCCAAGAGUGUCAAAUUGAGCAUGUUAGACGGCAUUUUGACGCGCAUGGGAGCGUCGGAUGAGCUUGCCAGAGGCAGAUCGACUUUUAUGGUGGAAAUGUCUGAGACUGGUGAGAUUCUUCAGAGUGCCACCGACAAGAGUUUAGUCAUUCUGGAUGAGUUGGGUCGAGGCACUUCGACAACGGACGGUAUGUCCAUAGCAGACGCUGUGCUGCAACACCUCGUUCAGAAAGUUAGGUGCAAAACGCUUUUUAUCACUCACUACCCCAUGGUGGCCAUGGACCUCGAACGGAAGUUCCCCGCGGAGAUCGAGAAUUUACACAUGGGGUAUAUGGCGGAAAGUCGUAUCGACGGUCGGACGGAAGUGACGUUCUUGUACCGCCUCACGCCUGGUAUUGCCACAAACUCCUUUGGAGUUGAGUGCGCUCGCUUGGCUGGCCUCCCCGAAAAGGUGCUUGAAGUUGCAAGACAACAGUCGGAUGCGUGCCGGGAUAGGAUUGAACGCUGCAUGAGGCGCAACAAGUGCGUUCCACCCUCGGCUUUUGCAUUUCUUUAA